AUGACUUUAUGCAAAUGCAGAGAACAAUUCUUACCGCCGAUUGAUCCAGAUAAUGAACAAUUUGUAAUUUAUGUCCGGUCAAAAAAAGGGUUGAAAACGUGGUUUCCUCUCAACGUAGUCACGGGAGGUUCAACUGCUAAUACCUUAGUGAAAGGUUUAGACAGUAAUUUAUCGAAAGAUGUGUGUCUUUCUCUUUUCUAUUAUCAUUUUUCUCAUUACUUCUUGCAGAUGGCUCUGAAAUCACUGACAAACAAUAUUGGCCAAGCUUUGUACAAAGAGCAGGUUCAGCUGGAAGAAAUGGUCAGAAAAAUGCCUAUGUUGAAGAGUGCGAGAGAACUUGAGUAUGGAUUCAGUGUCUUGGACAAAAAGAAUCCCAACUCUAUGUUUAAACCUUCAGAAAAGGACGUUUAUGUUAUUCCACCGGAGGAAGAGACGCGGAUGCCAGCCCAGGAAGCAGCAGAGGGUCUUAAAAAAUUCGGAGACAACUUCAAAAAAUUAAUUGAUGGGGGUAACUGA